AUGGCCUUGGUGCAAUACUCUGACUCAGAAUCUGACUCGGAGAAAGAAGCCCCUCCCAGAAAAAUCAAUAAACCAAGUCAAAACCUGAGUCAUAACCCAGCCUCAACGCUACCGCCGUUGCCUGCAUCAUUCCACGAUCUUUACGCUUCUAGCGUCAAAGUCAGUGUCAGAGAUGACCCAAGCCUUCACGGUGGGCGGAAGAGGGUAAUUCCUCAUGUUGAGGGAAACUGGCCCACUCAUAUAUAUCUCGAGUGGUAUCCAUCGAAGAAGGAGCUUGAGAUUCUGGGCAACAUAAUCCGCCAAGCAGAACAUAUGUUUCGCGCUGAACAAGCGAAACUCAAUAGCUUCUUGUAUAGUGAUCUAGGCAACGGAGGAGAGGCAGCCGUUUAUGGACACAUUUGGAGCGGCACUAAGUGGCUCUGGCAUCUCACCGUUUGUGCCAUUUGUCCCUCAGUAUUUGAGGUCCAGAUCGACAGUUUAGACUGGGUCUCCAACUUUGAGAGAACACGGUGGUUUUAUGUGCUCCGAGUAAAACGGCCAGAGGGAGACGGUCUGAACCGCCUUUUGCAUAUCUCUAACCGCUCGCUUGGUCUUUUUAAUCAACCGCCACUAUACGCACCUUUAUUUAACUCGAAAUCUGGAACCCAACCAAGUAUUCGAGUCAGCAAGCCUACAUCAACGGGCGAUUACACCGAGUGCUUCCAUAUCUCUAUUGCGUGGAGCCUAGAAGAGCCAUCUGCUGAAGAGAAGAAAAGCAUGGAAAGCAUAGAUAUUCAGCGGCUUAAAGCUCUCAAGAUCAAGUUUGAUUGUUUGAAGGCGAAGAUCGGCAACAAUGUCUCGAGCAUACCACUUUGAUUCGGCAGUGGAGGGGCAUAUAGAUCGAUUGGAUAUACCGUUGCAGCCUAUAAAGAGCAUUGUACACCUUGAGCCCUAAAAGGUGCGAGUAAAUCAUGGUGGUAAUCACAACAGAAAAUGGACAGACGUGCCUGAUCUCUAGUCGGCAGUGCAGGAGGCAUAUAUAUCGGGAAUCACUUCUGCUCUUUGCGACUUCAAAUCAUCCACUAUGCCGGA